UUAAUUGGCCGCUAUUUUCAAGAUGGCGGACAACCGUCGUCAGGAAAGGAGUCUUUGAGGGCGGAAAACUUUCGGGACAUUUCCGCGCUUUGUUGUUUGAAGUCAUCUGAAAAUUUACCUGACCGCUGACCACCAUGAAUAAGUACACAAAGAAGAAGCAGAUUGGAGAAGGAUCCUUUGGCAAGGCCUUGUUGGUCAUCCACAAGGAGACGGGAAAAGAAUAUGUCAUCAAGGAGAUCAACAUUUCCAAGAUGAAGCGGAAAGAAAAGGAGGAAUCCAAGAAAGAGGUGGCUGUUUUGAGAAAAAUGAAGCAUCCUAACAUUGUCUCCUAUCAGGAUUCAUUUGAAGAGGGAGGCAGUUUGUUCAUUGUAAUGGACUACUGUGAUGGAGGGGACUUGUACAAAGCCAUUAAUGGAAGGAGAGGCAUUCUGUUUCCUGAAGAUCAAGUUCUUGAUUGGUUUGUUCAGAUCUGUCUUGCCAUCAAACAUGUACAUGACAGGAAGAUACUACACAGAGAUAUCAAGUCACAGAAUAUAUUUCUGACGAGGAAAGGAAUUGUCAAGUUGGGUGACUUUGGCAUAGCUAGAGUUUUAAACAGCACGGUUGAGUUGGCCAGAACAUGUAUCGGAACACCGUACUACCUAUCCCCGGAGAUAUGUGAAAAUAAACCGUACAACAACAAAAGUGACAUAUGGGCAUUGGGCUGUGUUCUGUAUGAGAUCUGCACGCUAAAACACGCAUUUGAAGCUGGUAACAUGAAGAAUUUAGUUCUCAAGAUCAUCCGUGGUUCAUACCCGCCCGUGUCGCCUAGAUACAGCUAUGACCUGAGGAAUCUCAUUGCUUUACUCUUCAAGAGGAAUGCAAGAGAUCGUCCAUCUAUCAACACAGUUCUCAAGAAACCUUUCAUACAAAGAAGAAUAGAGAAGUUUCUUACAGAAGCUGAGAUGGCAGAUGAGUUUAGUCACACUGUCCUCCAUCGUAACCAGGCACCAGGGCCGUAUGGAGCUGCAGGUAGACCUGUGAUGGCAGCAGAGCGACGUCCCCAGCAGCCUGUUAGACUGAGUGAUCCUUCAGCCAAGUAUGGUCCCUCUGUUGGCAUUCGCAAACCACCAGCAGCGGCAAG